AUGAACGAUGCCAACAUGUUGUGCAGGCAGCUCCAAUGUGGAAUUGCUGAGAAAGCUUAUAACCCCCCUGCGUCUGAGGAGCAGCAGAUCAGACUGGUGAAUGGGGCAGGUCGCUGUGCUGGGAGAGUGGAGAUUUAUUACAACGGCAGCUGGGGGACAGUCUGUGAUGAUUUCUGGGAUCUGUCAGACUCCAAUAUCAUUUGCAAACAACUGGCAUGUGGACACGCCAUCAAUGCAACUGUCUCUGCUCAUUAUGGGGAAGGAUCCAGGCAGAUCUGGCUGGAUGAUAUGAACUGCUCUGGGAAGGAAUCCGAUCUCUGGGCGUGUCCUUUCAGAGGCUGGGGCCAGCACAACUGCUGUUCAGGUAAACCUGCAGGAAUCCUUUGUUCCACUGGGUUCCCACCAGGGCUGAGGCUGGCGGAUGGAGGCAGCCCCUGUGCCGGGAGAGUGGAGGUUAAACACCAGGAUCAGUGGGGGACGGUGUGUGAUGAUGAAUGGGACACGGAAGAUGCUGGAGUUGUUUGUAAGCAAUUGGGAUGUGGAUCUGCUGUCAGUGCCCCUGGCCUGGCUCAAUUUGGAGAAGGAUCUGGACCAAUUUUGCUGGAUGAAGUUGCCUGUGAUGGUACCGAGUCUGCUCUCUGGCACUGCGGGAACGAGGGAUGGGGUGAGAGUGACUGCAAUCACGCAGAGGAUGCUGGAGUGACCUGUUCAGGGCACAUUAAGCCCCGGCUGGUUGGAGGGCAUAGUGGCUGUUCGGGACGUGUGGAAAUAAGAGAUGGAGAAACAUGGACCACAGUCUGUGAUGCCCACUUUGAUCUCAAAGCUGCCAACGUUAUCUGUAAUGAACUACAAUGUGGAACAGCUCUGUCCAUCCUAGGAGGAGCUCACUUCAGAGAAGGACAUGGACCAAUCUGGACUGAAGCGUUCCAGUGUGUGGGGAAUGAGUCUCACCAUGCGUUCUGUCCCAGGAUAUCGAACAUCAGUCAGACAUGCUCACACGCAAAUGAUGCUGGAGCCAUAUGCUCAGGGCACACAGGGCUCCGGCUGGUAAACGGCAGCACAACAUGCUCAGGGAGGGUGGAGAUCCAGGUUCUUGGUGCCUGGGGAACCCUCUGUGACUCACGCUGGGAUUUACCAGAUGCCAAUGUUCUCUGUCGACAGCUCGACUGCGGAUUCGCUAUAUCAGCCCCAGGAGGAGGGUAUUUUGGGAGGGGAACUGUCUCUGUCCGGACUGACACAUUUCACUGUAAAGGAACUGAAUCUCAUUUGGGGUAUUGCCCUGUUACUGCCCUGGGGGCCUCUCAGUGCUCCCACGACAAUGAUGCCAGUGUGGUUUGCUCAGGUCACUCUGAAUCACUCAGACUGCUGAAUGGAGAGAGCCGGUGUGAUGGGAGAGUUGAGAUUUCCCUCCAUGGUGUGUGGGGCAGAGUGCUGGAUGAUCAGUGGGACAUGAACGAUGCCAGCGUGGUGUGCAGGCAGCUCUGGUGUGGAGUCGCUGAGAAAGCUUAUAACCCCCCUAAGUCUGAGCGAGGAACAGGCCCCGUGGGGCUGAGAAGGGUCCAGUGUGCAGGAAAUGAGACUCGUCUGACUCUCUGUGACAACUCCACAUCUGAGACAGCCCAGGCAGGAAUUGCUGAGGACCUGGGAUCUAUCCCUGCAGGAAGCAGGCAGAUCAGACUGGUGAAUGGGGCAGGUCGCUGUGCUGGGAGAGUGGAGAUUUAUUACAAUGGCAGCUGGGGGACAGUCUGUGAUGAUUUCUGGGACCUACUGGACUCCAAUGUUGUCUGCAAACAACUGGGAUGUGGACACGCCAUCAGUGCAACUGUCUCUGCUCAUUAUGGGGAAGGAUCCGGGCAGAUCUGGCUGGAUGACGUGAACUGCUCUGGGAAUGAAUCCGAUCUCUGGUCGUGUCCUUCCAGGGGCUGGGGCCAGCACAACUGCAGACACAAAGAGGACGCCGGAGUUCUCUGCUCAGAGUUCACAGAUCUGAGGCUGGUGAGCGACAGUGACUGUGCUGGGCGGCUGGAGGUUUUCUACAAUGGGACGUGGGGCAGUGUUUGCUCCAAUGGGAUGUCUGAAGUCACCGCAACAAUUGUCUGCAAACAGCUGAACUGUGGGGACGGAGGGUAUAUUGCAGAAGUCUCAGAAUAUGGAAAGGGUCCCACAUGGCUGGACCACGUUAGAUGCAGUGAGCAGCACAGCUCCUUCUGGCAGUGCCCAUCAGUGCCCUGGAAUCCAAAGUCGUGUGAUAACCGAGAAGAAGAGACCCAUAUUUCUUGCACUGACCAGGAGAAGUUACGUGUCGUGGGAGGAGAGAACAGAUGCUUGGGCAGAGUGGAGGUUUGGUACCGUGGCUCCUGGGGAACAGUAUGUGAUGACUCCUGGGACAUGGCAGAUGCCAAAGUUGUGUGUAAACAACUGGGCUGUGGAUCUGCUGUAUCUGCCCCGCGCGAGGCUGAAUUUGGCGAAGGGACUGGUCCCAUCUGGGUAGAGAUGCUGAAUUGCCGAGGGACAGAGUCAUCUCUCUGGGACUGUCCUGCCAAGCCCUGGGGUGAGAGCAACUGUGGUCAUAAGGAAGAUGCUGCUGUGAAUUGCUCAGGUGUGACAGAGAGGACAGAUUCUCCAAAUACCCCAGCUCCCCCGCGCCGUCCUCCCACUGACAGUGGGAGAGUCACGGUGCCCGUGGUCGUCUGCAUUAUCCUGGGGGCCCUGCUCUGCCUGGUCUUAAUCAUCCUGGGGGCGCAGGUGCGAAGUGCCAGGGCACAGCGCAGAGGCUCCAGAAGACCCUUGGAUCCCUUCUCUGAGGCUGUGUACGAGGAGAUUGAUUAUAACCUGAUGAGAGAGAAGCAGGAGAUGUUCAGUCGCUCAGUCUCCUAUUCAGAUGACUCAGUGGCGAAGCUGCAGUAUUACACCGGGGACAGCGAGGGGGAAAAUGAUCCUGGAUCAGAACAAGAGGGAGCUUCCCGAAGGGGGUCUCAGUUGGGUUAUGAUAACGUGGAGGAGCCUGCCUUGAACGACGUCCCCCAGACUCCAGACGGCCGAGAUGCCCCUGCCCUGCCUGGAGAUGUCACAGGGGAUGGUUAUGAUGAUGCCAGAGAAGUGUCUGACCCUGAAGGUGACCCUGCUUUGGGGCAGAAUGAUGAGGAAGGCACUGGGGUGAAUGACAGGAACAGAGAUUCACAGACAGGUGGGAGUUGGCACUCGCUAAGGAGUGAAGUUGUCUCUGGGAUGGACAGGGAAACCCGGUUCCCACUUCCUGGAGACACAGGUUAUGAUGAUGUGGAACAUGGUGACUCUGGGGGAUCAAUAUCAGAACAAUUUGAUUGGAAAAAAUAACCUUGUGAUGAUGUAAAUGCUUCGCCUCUUUCUCUCAGAAAUGCACCCUCUGCUAUGACGGCCUAGAGACAGUCCCUGCCUGGUAGAUAGACAAAGCAGGUGUUUUUAUAGGAUUUGUGUGAAGUUACAGGAAAUACAAGUGGGAGUUGGAAAAGGUUCAUAAACUUUCUUUGUAUAAUUUUCCAUUGUUUGA